UAAAACGCAAUGAGCUACAUACAAUUUGAAAGUGGCAGCGACAAAGAAAAGGCUCGUCAGCAGAUAAGGGAAGCCCGCGCCGAGAUGCUCGAACAGGCCAAGGAGAGAGCCGGCCUUAUCAAGAAGAAGGAGCUUCAGAAGGAAUUAAGGGGUGAAAGCAAUUGGAUGCUUCCAGCAGUGGCCAAGAAACUGGACAAGCCCUCAAGUUCCUCAACGAAAAAGGCCAAGAAGAAGAAAGGAAAGCACAAAUCGAAGUCCAAGUCUUCGAAGGUAAAAAAAUCUUCGAAGAAAAAGAGCAGGAAGGUUCAGAGCAGCAGCGACAGCGAUAGUGACAGUGACAGCGACAGCGACAGCUCUAGCUCUUCCUCUUCGUCCUCAUCCAGCGAAGACCAGAAGCAGCGCAAGGUACGCAAGAAAAAGAAGUCUAAAAGGAGCCACAACGAAGAUGAGUGGGUGGAACGCACUCCCCUUUUGGAUAACGAUACGAGCAAGGAUAAGGUGGAGGAUACACCAGUGGCGCGCGACACUUGGAUGACCAGUGACGACCUUUUGCUGAAAACCUUCUCCAGAAUACGCAAGGAGCCAACCAAACCCAACGACAAGCUACAGCAGAUCGAUGCCUAUGAUCCGGCUAAGAGCGGACGCGAGCUGAAUCCCUACUGGAAGAGCAAUGGCACAGGCCUGCCAGGCUUCCAGAAACCACAGGACGAUGAUGAUCGCGAGGCAGAGCCACAUUCGCACAGCUCGAGGCAAAGCUCCUCGACACGAGGCUGGCAGAAGCCUUCUUCCAAGUCGCAUAGCCAUAGAAGUAGCCCCUCCGCGCCGAGAACCAGAUCUUCUUCAGAAAGUGCCUCAUCUGAUGAAGAUACUGCGGACAAGGCUGCUGCCCUUCCUGCCUGCCUAACGGACGAGCAAAUCAAUGAAUUGGCCGGAAAAGCCAUCAAAGCAGAGAUCAUGGGGAAUACGGAGCGUGCAGCAGAACUCAACCAGCAGCUGGAAGAAGCACGCAAAGUACGGGCCGACUUCCUGGCCACUGGCAACAUGCCGCCUAAGACAUCCGCCAUGCCAAAGAAAUCCAAGGCAUCAUCCUCAUCCUCGGAACAUGUGCUGCUCACCAAAACCGAUCAAUGCGGCAAUGUACGCCCCCUGGUGCAGUCCACAUCAGGCACAGCCACAGACCCCAACUCGCUAUAUGGAGGCCGCAGGGGUCAAAAAAGCCGCAACAAGAAGGUCGACACCCAUGUGGAUGGCCAACGGGUGAGAUACUUCGCAGACGACGAUCGUUACGACAUCAAGCAGAUGUUUGAGCGUGAGAAGCAUGCCACGGCCGCCGAAUCGAACCUGCAGUACGCUGACAUUGUGUCGAAGCACAAGAACCCCAACGAUGACCUGGAAGACAUAUUUGCGGACAAGGUUCGCAAAAAUAUCUCCGAGGCAGAUCUCGAGAAGCGAGAGCUCCAGAGUGCCAUACGGGAGGCCAACAGGCUGGAGACCAGCCUGACGAAUUGUGAACGCUGCUUCGACUCGCCGAAGCUGGAAAAGCAGCUGAUGGUCUCGAUGGGGAAGAUGAUCUACCUCAGUCUGCCCUGGCAUGUGGGUCUGCAGGGUGGCCACUGCAUUCUCACCACCCUGCAGCACAUCUCCUGCUCCACGCAGCUGGACGAGGAUGGUUGGGAGGAGCUGAACGACUUUCGAAAGGCCCUAACCCGUAUGUUUGCUGCCCAGCGCAAGGAUGUGAUAUUCUAUGAGAUUGCCAACAAACUGCACAGGCGACCGCAUAUUAGUGUGCAUUGCAUACCCAUACCCGACAGCCAGGGCGAGAUGGCACCCUUCUACUUCAAGAAGGCCAUUGAGGAGUCGGAGCAGGAGUGGUGCAUCAACAAGCAGCUGGUGUCGCUGCGCAAUAAAUCGCUGAGAGCAGUCAUACCCAAGGGUCUCCCCUACGUCUGGGUACACUUUGGCAUGGACUCGGGCUUUGCCCAUGUCAUCGAGGAUGAGGAUCGUUUCCCAGCGAAUUUCGCACAGGAAAUUAUUGGUGGAAUGCUUGAACUGAAUCCAAGUACUUGGCGUAAGCCGCGUAAGGAGCAGCAGUCUAUCGUGAAAGUGAAAUCGUUUGCCGAAAGCUGGAAAAAAUUCGAUUGUACCGAGGAAGCUUAAGCUGCAAAUCGAGCAAAAUUAACGUCCGUUUCUCGCUAGUCUCGUUGGUCAAUCUUUGCAUUCCUGCAGCUCUUUGUUAAUUAUAUGUUGGCAUAAAUAAACUAAAAUUCGUAAUUGACAAA